UUCACUUGCCGAACGCCCAUUUUGUAACACCGCGGCGGCGGGAGCUGGGUAGGAGCAGCGGGGGAGGGGGCAGCGCCUCCGCCUCUUCACGGGGAGGACUGGCGGGAAGCAGCCAUCCCGCCCACCCGCCUGGCGGGACACUUAAAGUGCACUGGAGCAGCCGGGAACCCCUAGAGUUCCCGCUCGGCACCGCCAUGUCUACCCCCGCCAAACGACACUGCAAGAGCCCCGCUGGCUCCCUCGAAUCCAGCUUCCAGAAGCGCCUCAGGAAGAUUUCCAUCGAGGGGAACAUCGCUGCGGGGAAGUCAACGUUUGUCAGGCUGCUGGAGAAACACAGCGAUGAGUGGGAGAUCAUCCCCGAGCCCAUCGCUAAGUGGUGCAACAUCCAGACAGCUGAGGAUGAGUAUAAGGAACUUUCAACAUCUCAGAAGAGCGGAGGAAACUUACUUCAAAUGCUGUAUGACAAACCCACAAGAUGGGCUUACACAUUUCAGACUUAUGCCUGCCUGAGCCGAGUAAAAGCACAAUUAAAACCUCUCUCAGCCAAGCUGUACGAAGCAGAACAUCCAGUGCAAUUUUUUGAAAGAUCUGUGUACAGUGACAGAUAUGUGUUUGCUUCUAACCUGUUCGAGUCUGGAAGUAUUAAUGAAACAGAGUGGUCUAUUUAUCAGGACUGGCACACAUGGCUUUUGAAUCAGUUUCAAUCAGAUAUAGAACUGGAUGGCAUGAUCUAUCUCAGAACCACACCUCAGAAAUGCAUGGAAAGGCUACAGCUGAGGGGAAGAAAAGAGGAGCAAGGAAUUGAGCUUGAGUAUUUGGAAAACCUCCACUACAAACAUGAAACCUGGCUUCGUGAAAGGACUAUGAGAGUUGAUUUUGAGAACAUUAAGGAGAUUCCUAUUCUAGUUUUGGAUGUUAAUGAAGAUUUCAAGAACAAUAAAAUUAAACAAGAGUACCUGAUUGAUAAAGUAAGUAUGAAGUAUUGGGGGGUUUGUAUCUGCUCUUCUCCUGCAGUUAUCAUGCACGCAGUGACACUUUGAGAGUGGGGAGAGUAAACAACCAUUCGAGGAGACAAGGUGGGAAUAAAGAGCCAAAAUGGUGUUUACCAGUUCUUACAAAAGGCAAGACUUGGGAAGUAAAUGCCAAAAGAAAUUCUGGUGGAGUUAUUCGGCUAGUCCACAGGGGAAAAAAAAACCCUCCACCUAAUACUUAAAAGCAUGAGGAAGUGCUCUCCUAGCAAACCCUAUAAACCAUUUUCUUCAUCUUGUUCUGGGUCAUCAAUUUGAGAUUACUGAAGAAUGACUCCUUUAAGACAAGACUAAUUAUCUCAAUUUAACAGGUCUAAAACUGGGAAGGGGAGCCCUAAUUGUGGAGGUAUUUGUCAUUACAUCCUCGUGGAAAACAGCAAUUAAUAGCUUCGUUUUGAGCAGACACUCAGAUAUGCUAUCUACCUUGCCCCUCUGAAAGGCCAUACAUAUUUCAGCUCAUGAAUUAAAUACAGGGGCAAAACAUCACUGGAAAAAUCAUAGUAAAAGAUUAUUUCUUCCCAAAUAAUUGGAAAAGCCUGCUACUUUAGCUUUUGAUGUACCAAAUAAUACAUAUGCAUCUUUUGUUUGUUUUUUGAUAGGUCAAGUCAUUCCUGACUUCUUUAGAAGAAGAAAAUUAAUUCAAGUAACAAGUCCCUGAAGUUUAUUCAAUCUGUGUGUUUAAAAAUUUACUUUAAACAAAUGCAUUACCUGUAUCGCUGAUUUUAAAGCAAGUCUGAAAUGUAAUAACAUGAUUUGGGGUUUAUUUUUAUCCUUGUCUGAGCAGUGUGAGUUUUGCUAGGCCUUUUUGUAUAGCUAAAAAGAACAAAUAUGGGGUGGUUUGACAGUGGUUUUUUUCUGUAUAUUCUCUGCUGUUUAAUAAAGAUUUGAAAGUA